AUGUGGGUUUUUUUCCCUUUCAAUGGACCUGGAAGAGCAAAAGUAGUGUUUAUAAAUAUUAAACUAGGGAAAAUAGGUGAACAUGUUGGUGAUUGGGAGCAUGUGACACUAAGGAUAAGUAAUUUGGAUGGUCAACUAUGGCAAAUGUAUCUCUCACAACAUCAAGGUGGUUCAUGGAUUGAUUCAUCUCAACUUGAGUUCCAACCUAUUACUAGCUAUUUUGAUUUUCCAACUAAAAGACCUAUUGUUUAUGCUACGUUGCAUGGACAUGCAACAUAUCCACAUGAAGGUCUUGUUUUAGGAGGGAAAAAUGGAAUAGGAGUAAGAGAUGAUACUGAUAAAGGUAGUAUCAUGGAUAUGGCAAAAUAUGUGUUGGUUUCUGCAGAUUAUUUGGGGUCUGUUCAAGAGCCAUCAUGGUUGAAUUUUUUUAGGGAAUGGGGUCCUCGUAUUGACUAUAAUCUAGAUGAUCAGUUGGAAGUUCUGAAGAAGUUUUUGCUAAUUCGGAAGUUAAAAGAUGCUUUUGAAAAUAUGAUUAGGGGUUUACCAAAAGAAAUGCUUGGCGAAGAAGGACCAACUGGUCCGAAAGUUAAGAAUAGUUGGAAUGAUGAUGAAGUUUGA